CCCCGCCAGGGCCCCGCGCGCAGGCCUCUCCGCCGGAGUCGCAGCGCGCGCAGGCCCUUCCCGAGAGCCGCCGAGUCCCAGCGGGAGAGCGCGGCCGGAGGGUGGGGGCCGCGCGGGUGUCUUUUGUGGCCGAGGCCGGCCAUCUCUUGAAAAAUUUCAGACAUGACUAAAAGAGAAUCAGACGAGCUAAUAGAAAUUGAAAUCGAUGGAACUGAGAAACAAGAGUGCACUGAAGAAAGCAUUGUUGAGCAAACAUAUACCACUGUAGAAUUUGUGAGUCAGGCAAUUGAUAUCAAUGAACCAGUUGGAAAUCUUAAGAAACUACUGGAACCAAGGCUUCAGUGUUCUUUAGAAGCACAUGAAAUCUGUCUACAAGAUAUACAGUUGGAUCCAGAUCGCAGUCUUUUUGAUCAAGGUGUCAAAACAGAUGGAACAGUGCAGCUUAGUGUCCAAGUAAUAUCGAGGCAAGGAAUAGAACCAAAGUUAAACAUCCUUGAAAUUGUAAAGCCAGUCGAGACAGUUGAGGUGGUGAUUGACCCAGAUGCCCACCAUACUGAGACUGAGGCACAUCUUGUUGAAGAAGCUCAAGUGAUAACACUAGAUGGGACAAAACAUAUAACCACCAUAUCUGAUGAAACAUCUGAACAAGUAACUCGGUGGGCGGCAGCAUUAGAAGGCUAUCGUAAAGAACAGGAGCGCUUAGGAAUACCAUAUGACCCAGUACAAUGGUCCACUGAUCAGGUGCUACACUGGGUAGUAUGGGUGAUGAAGGAAUUCAGCAUGACUGACAUAGACCUCAAUACUCUUAGUAUUCCUGGGAGAGAAUUAUGCAGCCUCAGUCAAGAGGACUUCUUUCAGAGAGUCCCUCGGGGAGAAAUCCUUUGGAGCCACCUUGAACUUCUUCGAAAAUAUGUGUUGGCUAGUCAAGAACAUUCUGGAGAAAUAGCAACAGUUACUAUUGAUCAACCGGUGCAGAUUAUACCAGCUUCUGUACAGCCUUCUACUCCAACUACCAUUAAAGUUAUAAAUAGUACUGCAAAAGCAGCAAAAGUGCAGAGAGCACCAAGGAUUUCAGGAGAAGAUAGAAGUUCACCUGGUAACAGAACAGGAAAUAAUGGUCAGAUCCAGCUAUGGCAGUUCUUGCUUGAGCUUCUGACUGACAAAGAUGCUCGGGAUUGCAUUUCAUGGGUUGGUGAUGAAGGGGAAUUCAAACUAAAUCAACCAGAGUUGGUUGCACAGAAAUGGGGUCAACGUAAAAAUAAGCCUACCAUGAACUAUGAGAAACUCAGUCGAGCUUUACGGUAUUACUAUGAUGGGGACAUGAUCUGCAAAGUCCAAGGCAAGAGGUUUGUGUACAAGUUUGUCUGUGACUUGAAGACUCUCAUUGGGUACAGUGCAGCAGAGCUGAACCGGUUGGUCACAGAGUGUGAACAAAAGAAACUGGCAAAGAUGCAACUUCAUGGCAUUGCACAACCGGUCACAGCAGUUGCAUUAGCUACUGCAUCUCUACAGACAGAAAAAGAUAACUGAAUACCCCGGACCAAAAGCGUGGACGCAUGAGGCCUUUAUUGUAUACUGAGCAGUUUCUGGUCUUAAAAUGGGAGCUUCCUUUAUUCCUUAGCAGUUCAAUAUGCAUGGUUUUUCUACAGAAAAUCGAGACUUCCAUGAUUGAGAUCUUUUUUCACUUAAAGGUAUAUAUUUCAUGUUUAUUGAUGGCACUCCACAGACAAGAAUUGGCAAGAAGAACCCAAAUUUGUUGGUGAUAUAUUUUGCCUUACUGAUGUACCCCCCCCCCGCCCAGCAUUUUAGGAAACUGAAGUGUUUGCAAAACACAGCAAUCACUAUUUUGAGUUUAGUUUUUUGCACUUCUCUUCAGCCACAAGACAGAAAGUAAUAUAUUUCCAGAGAGGAAGUAGCUUCUGCUUGCCAUGCUCUUUAUUAUGUAAACAUGCCAAGCUGUAAGGAACACUGAGAAGUACAGGCCCCCUCAGGUAAUGUUUCUUUUCAUUAGCAAAAAGAAGAGUAAUACAACAAGAACCGAAAGAUAUCCCAAGUGUCAGUCCAAUGAGGUCAAAACCAAUUAUGAAUAUUUUGAUAUAAAAUGUAGAUAAUGCACAUAUUUGUGAGAAAGAGCUUAAUUAUCUGGAGACAUCUUGCAAAGUUUAAUGUCUGGAAAAAAAUCAAUAUUUUUCCUGUUAGGAGAUGCUAUUUCUCAUCCAAAGAAUUGGUUUGGUUUGCUUAAUUUACACUGCAGAGUAUAUCAGCUGAUUUUGCAUAUACUUGCACUAUAGCUGAAUAUGAACUGAAGACUUAUGUUAAUCACAGACAGAAGUCCCUUCCUGUUUGGAAGCAAAGCAUAAUCUGUGGGUAAACUGGUAAGAAAUGGAAGUUUGACUUCCUUAUGAUAUAUAGACUACCGUAUUAAAAUAAAAAUGCGGUUUCUUCCUUUAAAUUACUUGGUUUCCAAGCUGUUGUUUUGGUGCUUUGGAAAUAAAUGGGUGCAUUAUUAUUCAGAUUAAACAAAAUGUAGUUCCGUGAUUUGGUAAUAUUUGAAGUGAAAUACAUUUUAAAUCUAGAUGCAGUAAUGCUAGUGCUUUGUUUAUUCCUGCAUAUUUUUUUGUUAUGAUCUUUUAAUCACCAUAUAAAACUUGGAAAAUACAUUUACAUCGAUAUUUUUUUUCUUCUUCACCUUAAAAUAUGUGUUGUAUUGUAUGUGUGCUUAUAUGUGUGUAUUAACACACAUAUAAACCUGCACACACACAUCAGCACACACACCUGUAUCUAAUUAUUUAAAAUUAUGUUCCAAAUGUGGGCUUUUAAACUAACUAUAAUUAAAAGAACAAUGCUGUUAGAAAAUGUGAUUUCAUAUAACAGAAAAACUGCAAAUGGUUACACAAUAGGUCUUCAUCCUUCAUGCAUAAAUCAUUCAAAAUUGAGCAUUAGGCUUAGAGUAAUAAGCAAUGAGCAUAAAAUAUGACAUAGCUCUGGCAUAUUGGGCAAUACCUAUAAUUACCUUAAGAGUCCCAGUAAUUUCAACAAGCCUAGCAGUAGUUUUCUUGCUGAAAAAGAAAAGAAAAAUUCCAUAGUCCUGAACUAUCAUCUUAGAAAAAGAAAAUAUUUAACAUACUUUGACCAGUUAAGUCCAGUGGAGCUUGCUGUAUAUAACAGAACACAUAGUUCAAUUUUGUUCUAUCCUUCAAACAGAAUAUAUUAGGUCAUUUCUGUAGGAUAAUUAUAAGAAAAGAAAAGUCCACUUUCAUCACAUUUCACUUCUAUGCAUAGCAGGAGCUGUUAGCUGAGAGCAAAUGGGGUGCAACUCUGUGAAAGUGGGCUGUAGUAUUGUGCAGCAUUAAGAAAGACAGGUAAUAUUAGUCUUAUUUCUAGUUUAUAUUCUCCUCUUAAAUAUAUAUUUGUAGUGUAUCAGACUUCUAAUGUUUCAUUGUAGAAGGCUGUAAAUUAAAUACAUGUAACUACAAGGCUGCAUGUAUUUAAUAUUGUCAUAGAUAUAUUGAGCUAUGCACAUAAUAGACUAAGCCAUAUUAGGGGUAAUGGCAAAUGGCUGUUCUUUUGUAUACACUGGAUUGUUUCCUGACCUUUAUAUUUUCAGUAUACUUUAUUAGCAGAUUUGUUGGAUGCGUUAAAUAUUUUACCCAUUUAUAAAGCAUUGAUGUGUUCAAAAAACACUGGCUUGGGUCCACACUUUGUAAUGCUUUAUUAGACCCAUUAAAACAAAAAAGUUAGUCAUGACUAACAUAAGUUCCAUUAGUUUCAGUGGAUAUAUCUUCGGUAUGACUUUACUUAAGUCUAGUCCAUUACAUGUUCAACAGAUUUUUUUUUUUGUGGGGGACAAUCUGUGACUAAUUUGAGGUCUUCAGUAAGAGGGUAUGGAUUAUUGUAUGUCAGACAGCUCCGAGUGGCUGUCAGAACUAAAAUAUAAAUGUUAUAUUCCCAAAUUUUUGUAAAUUGAGAGGUUUUGCAUACAUUUUUACUCUUUAAGGACACAUAUUCUGAUAAUUAUGUAUUUCUUUUUGUGUUGAAUUUUUUGGUAAUUUUACAUGAAACAAUUAUUUCUAUUUUUACUCUAAAAUAUUUGUGCAUAAAAUUGUCAAUAUAGUAAAGUAAGAAAAUAAAAUUUUACACAGCAAAA